GACAGAAACUGGAUUUUACAAACUGGAGCAGAUCCAAACCCCUUAAACCCUCCAUUGGUAGAAGAAAGGGUUUAGUGAACAAUGCAAUUUGCGAAAUUCCAAGUGUAGAAUCAUCGAUCCCCAGCGCCAUCUUCUCUCUGCAAUUCACUCGGGUUACGGGCCAAAAUGGGUGAAGUAAAACAACAAAGUAUUCCCGCUUUGCCAUGGAUGCGAGCCCCCGUCGACGUCACGCUCUCUCAACAACUACCCCUUCAUUCCGUCCCUUCUCUCCAUCCUAAGUUGAAGUCAGCGUUGGAAGACAUGGGGAUCUCAAGUCUAUUCCCAGUGCAAGUCGCAGUUUGGCAUGAAACAGUUGGUCCUGGCAAUUUUGAGCGAGACGUUUGUGUUAACUCACCCACCGGAAGUGGAAAAACCCUCUCCUACGCUCUCCCCUUAGUGCAGAUACUCUCAGGCCGCAUCUCCAAAUGCCUUCGUGCCUUAAUUGUGGUCCCCACUCGUGACCUUGCUUUGCAGGUUAAGCAAGUCUUCGACGCCGUUGCUUCUCCAUUAGGCCUGCGUGUUGGUUUGGCGGUUGGUCAAUCGUCAUUAGCAGACGAGAUUUCGGAGCUCGUUGACAUGCCGACACGUGAUAUUGGCAUGUGCUAUGAUUCGCAUUGCGUUUCGCCUCCUCGCUUUCAGAGUAAGGUUGAUAUAUUAGUAGCAACCCCUGGUAGGCUUAUGGAUCACAUUAAUACAACCAUAGGCUUCACGCUUGAGCAUCUUCAUUAUCUUGUGGUUGAUGAAACAGAUCGAUUGCUUCGUGAGGCAUACCAGUCAUGGUUGCCUACUGUGCUUGAACUUACCCAAUCUAAUGAUGAUGGUUUUUCCCAACUGACUGAUUCUUUUUUCCCCUGCUCUGUUGGUGCAUUAAGAACCAGAAGAAGAUGUGGAGUUGAGAGGGGAUUCAAGGACAAGCCUUAUCCCAGGCUGGCAAAGAUGGUUCUAUCCGCGACAUUAACUCAGGAUCCAGGCAGGCUUAUUCAGCUUAAUUUGCAUCACCCUUUGUUAUUGAAAGCUGGAGAAAUGCGUUAUCGGCUCCCAGAAAAUUUGGAAUCUUAUAAACUGGUUUGUGAAACAAAGGUCAAACCCUUGUAUUUAAUUGCCCUUUUGAAAUCCCUGGGAGAAGAAAAAUGCCUAGUUUUUACAAAAUCUGUGGAUUCAACAUAUCGUCUUUGCAAAUUGCUGAAUUGUUUUGAAGAUCUGCAAAUUGAUAUCAAAGAGUAUUCUAGUCUUCAACAUCAACGUGUAAGAAGUAAGACAUUGAACGAAUUUCGGAAAGGGAUGUUUCAAGUGCUUGUAUCUUCUGAUGCGUUGACUCGUGGAAUGGAUGUUGAAGGGGUAAGAAAUGUCAUUAAUUAUGACGUACCCAAAUUCAUAAAAACUUAUGUUCAUCGGGCUGGUAGGACUGCGAGAGCAGGCCAGGCUGGACGUUGCUUCACAUUGAUGUCAGAAGAUGAGGUUCGACGAUUUAAGAAGUUAAUGCGAAAGGCUGAGGGUGGUUCUUGUCUUGAGCAUAUUGUUCCGUCCAGUCAAAUUGAAGCACUCAGUACUACCUACCAAUCAGCACUUACAAAAUAUAAGGAGAUAAUUUCAAAGACGCGAAAGAAACCCAAGGCUUAGAAUCUUCUCAGUUGAGCACAGAGAAUGAAAGCAGAAUCAUUCAUGGAAAUAGUAAAACUUAUUCAUGAACACGCAAGGGAAAAGCAUGCUAGCUUCAUAACAUCAGAACUAUCCCUUGAAAUAUUCAAGUAACAAUGAAAGUUCUACAAUGGAAAUGAGACACUGAAAUCUUAAGCACAUGAAACUAAGUUAUUGGAGAAUAUCCCUAGAGAUGUUUGUUGUCUUGUAUUUUUUGAGGUAUUAUGUACUAGUUGAUUAUUUUAUUGUCGGGGUAGAUGUAUGAGAUAAACAGUUUUGUAUCAGUGAUGAUGAUAAAUGUUCAUACAGGUCUACAUGACUGGUUUUUUCA